ACCUAAGUCACUGUUGUCUUUUGUUUCGUUGUCAAAAAUCUAACCUUGUCGAUUAUUUACUUUACAAAAUACACCAGAGUCAGAGUAUCAAUCAAUGAAAGAUAUUCAUUAUCGAUUUGUGAAUAAUAUUUGUGCCAUUGCUGACUGAUAUACUUAACCGUUGGGUUUGUACAACAGAGCAAGCUCUCAAAUUUUAAUCUCGUAUCAGUAUCAGUCAUGCUUAAUGAAGAUAUAGAUGAACAGGAUAGUUAUCACUAUGACUUUACAACAGCUUCAGAAUGGGAAAUAUUCAUAGCUAGGCUGGAGGAAAUAAUUCAUGAUUGGAAAGUAUCGCAUAUUCCUCUUAAACCUGCGUUACAACACAAACAGUUAUUUAAUUCAUCAUGGGAGACUAAAACUGAAACUUUAUCUUUCGCAGAUGUAGACUUCACUUUGACUCGUUACUAUGCCAAAUUGUCCGAAGAGGAAGGAGCUAACAACAUGCUGGACAAUGAGUCAGAAAUGACAAAGCUUCAACCACUGGAAGAUAUGAUGUCCACAGAGAACGAUUUUGUGCCGAUCGUGUUUGAAGGCAACAAGUCUCACCCACACUUGCUUACACGGUGGUAUGGGCUAAGGGACUUCAUAGUCCUCACACCAAACCAGAGCGUCGUCAUCACUUCAGAGAGCAAGAUAAAAAUACUGCUCAGCUCUGUCUGCAUUGCUGUCAACAACAGUAAUUGCUCAGUUCCUGUUUUCAUUCAAGUGUUGGAACCUUGGCAGAACUUCUUUCUCGGUGUCUGUGAGGCUAAAGGAAUAAGAGCGGAAUAUGAGAUGGUCCACCUACGCCGGGUUCCACCUCAUUGCAAACAUUUGACAGGUUUGUUGAACGUAUUUAAGUCCAAACUUGGUUCACCCUCGCUGUCCGAGUCUGUGACCGUGAGUGCUCGGCUGAGUUACAUCCUGAGAGACUGGACGUCCUUUGCUUGGACCCAGGAACCUCCCGACCUUGAGUUCCUCAUGGGAGAAAUAGGUGUUGGAGAACUCGGCACUCUACCCUUCGGUGCUACUUUUGACCCUGUCAGUGAACUCGUGUUGUAUGCCAGCUGGUAUGGCCUGAGAGAGACAGUUGUGGUAGAUAGCGAAAGCUACUCAGACCUAGACCCUAGCCAGGCCCCCCAGUGGAGCGUAGCAGUCAAGAUGGCAGACAAGCCGCUGUGUCUACUUUCUGAGUACUUGUCUGAGUUCCUGCAUCUGUGUUCGAGCCCAAGAUCCAUGUCUGACCUUCUGGGGGACCUGCUUCAGCAUCAACAACCUGGUCCUACGCUGGCAACUCCACUCAACCUGCUGACCGAGUCUAGAGUCCCGACCAUCUCCAAAGUUCUGGGACAGGCCAAGGGGUCGUUUGUUAAGGAGAAAAUCAGGGAAGGCCCCAUCUCUGAUGAUCUCCUCAUGCCGAUCCUGUACUUCUUGUUCCCUGACGCUGAUGAAAAUGUG